AUGCCAUUUAGUCACUAUUGUGAUACAUUUUGGGAUUUAAAAUUUGGUUUUGAUGAAAUAUCAUUUUUAUGUAAAGAAUGGAUAUGUCCAAGUAAUUAUUAUCGAUGUUUAAACGGACAAUGUAUUCCAAUACAAUGGAUUUGUGAUGGUGAAUGGGAUUGUAAUGAUGCAAGUGAUGAAGAACGUUUAUUAUCAAUAACGAAACUUUCACAACAUAAUUCUAAAAUAAUCAAUUUAUCUGAAAUGAAACUUAAAUGCAAAAACCAAUAUCAAAUUCGACCAUUUUCACAAUUAUGCACAGUAUUAGAAUAUCCAUGUUUGUUAGCUAAUGUAACAGAUCCACUUAAUUUUAUUAAAAAUCCUCCAUGUAUACCAAUUGAGAAAAUAGGUGACGGAAUAUCUGAUUGUUAUGGUGGAUUAGAUGAACGAAAUAUUCGUAGUUGUAAUUCAGGACGAAUGAUGGGUUUUCAUUUUCAAUGUCUAACUAAUAACUUUGGAAACUAUCCAGGUGGUGAUUGUAUUCUAUAUCAUGAUCGAUGCGAUCAUCGUUGUUUAAAUGGUGAAGAUAAAAUUUUAUGUUUUUAUUUAAAAAAUAAUUCAAAAAUUCGUUGUGAUGGUUCAUCAGUCAAUCAAUUCGAAUCAUAUACAGAUGUUCAUUGUCUUAAUGGUACAUGUAUACCAAAUGCUAGAUGUAAUAAUAUUUAUGAAUGUUCCUUUGGUGAAGAUGAAUAUUACUGUGAUAGAAAAUAUGCAAUGUUUCAACCAUAUCGAAAUGGUAAAGCUCGUCAUUCAAAUAAUACUUAUCAAACAAUUAAUUUAGGAAAUUAUCCAGAAGAAACCUAUCAAUUUAUACGAGAUGAAAAUGAUUACAAAGAUAAAGAUUCUCUUUUUCGAACAUCAUCUCAUUUAUCCUUUAUUUUUCAUAAAAUAAAGUCACAUAAAAUUUCAUCAUCAUUUCAAAUUAACACCUUUACUGAUAAUACUUAUAAAUAUUAUGAUGAAAAUAAUAAGAUACAGAUAUAUUUAAAUACGGAAGAAUAUAUAAUAGCUCAAUCAAUUGAAUCAUGGACAUGUAAUCGAGGAAUUGCAAUUAAAAAACAAUUUGAUAAAUCUUUUGAUACUAUAAUCGAAUGUUUUUGUCCAGCAAGUUAUUACGGACGAUUUUGUCAAUAUUUUAGUGAUCGUAUAACAAUAAUAACAUAUUUAGAUGGUUUAAAAUAUAUUUAUAGAGAUGAUCAACAAUUAAUGAACAAUACAAUUAAAAUUUUAGUUAAAUUGAUUUUUAAUGAAAGUAUUAUUGUUGAUUAUAACGAAAUUCAUUUUACACCAAUUUUAAAUAAUUUAAAUGAAAAAAGGAGUUGA